AUGGCCAGGGGUAUUCACUUACCCAAGGCGAAGCCCCAUGUCUCUGAGCCUGAGCCAGAGCCUUCUGGUGGCCAUUCUGAGCCAAAGCCACCUUCACCUCCUCCGAAACCACCUUCACCUCCUCCAAAACCACCUUCACCUCCUCCGAAACCACCUUCACCUCCUCCGAAACCACCUUCACCUCCUCCGAAACCACCUUCACCUCCUCCUGAACCGGCAGGCCCUUCCACAGGGGCGCCACCUGCUCCCUCUGGCACAACUCCAUCCCACCCUCCUGCAGAGCCAGUAACGUUUCCUGAGCCAGUAACUUUUCCUCAGCCGGUCAAUAAUCUCCCUGUGCCUCCUCACGAAGAGCUACCGCCUGAACCCUCAGGCGAAUCUGGUAGCCAUCCUAACGGACCGAGUACUCAAUCGCCACCCGCUGCCAAUCACCCAGGAGUAGAGGAACCACCGGAACCAGCUCCUGGAUCCAGUGUCCCCAAUGAAACCCAUGGAAACGUUCCCCAGGGCAUACCACAGGAACCUACUCCUGGAUCUGGUGUCCCCAAUGAAACCCAUGGAAACGUUCCCCAGGACACACCACAGGAACCAGCUCCUGGAUCUGGUGUCCCUAAUGAAACCCAUGGAAACGUUCCCCAGGAAACACCACAGGAACCUCCUCCCUCCAAUCCAGCACCGGCAUCUAAUCCCUUUGGCCAAGAGACUCCGUGGCAGCAAGAGCCAAUCUACAGCCCGCAGCCCACCUAUCCGCAACAGAGCGGUGCAACUACUUGGCUCGAUGGUAUUAACCAGAUCGUGCAGAGUGGCCUUCCACAAGCCCUGAUCCCCACCAUCACGGGAUACGGUCAGCAAAAUCCAUAUGGUCAGACAGACCCUUAUGGGACGUACCAGAAUCCAAGCCAAUACCAAGAUCCAAGCCAAUACCAAGAUCCAAGCCAAUAUCAGGAUCCAAGCCAAUAUCAGGAUCCAACUCAAACGUCAACUCAGGAUCCAAACCAACCAUACCAAAUUCCAUCUCAAACCUCAACUCAGGAUCCAACCCAAUAUCAAGAUCCAAGCCAAUAUCAGGAUCCAACUCAAGCCUCAACUCAGGAUCCAAACCAACCAUAUCAGGAUCCAACUCAAGCCUCAACUCAGGAUCCAAACCAACCAUAUCAGGAUCCAACUCAAGCCUCAACUCAGGAUCCAAAUCAACCAUACCAAGUUCCAUCUCAAACCUCAACUCAGGAUCCAACCCAAUAUCAAGAUCCAACCCAAUAUCAAGAUCCAACCCAAUAUCAAGAUCCAACCCAAUAUCAGGAUCCAGCUCAGGCCUCAACUCAGGAUCCAACCCAGGAAGGGUAUGCACCACCCGAUGAGGAAGAAGAAUAUCCAGAGGGAACUCAGAGCAAUGCCGAUCCCUACGGCACCAACGUGGGCUAUCAAACUUCGCCCACCGGAGGUUACGCAAACACGACUACUGGUGGCAAUCCCAGUUCAACCACUGGUGGCUAUCUCAACUCGCCCAGUGCCGCCUACGGGAGCGCCAAUUAUGGGAGCGCCAAUGCUGGAGAGGAUGAUGACGACUACUACGACGAGGAGGGUGAGGAGGGUGAAGAAGCCGAAGAAGGCUACGAAGAUGGAGAGAGCUACGAUCCCUAUCAUCAGGGGGGACAGCAAGGAACCUAUAAUUACAGCCAUUGA